AUGAGGAGGCUCAGAGACGGAGGCCAAGGCCUUCGUGGUGGUAUGGCCUUUCGUGGUCCCUUGGCCUGGUUCUUGCUGCUUCAGAUGCUAUUGGGCGAGGCCCGAAUGAUCCCAGGGACGCUGUCUCUUCCUCCUCUCCGCUUGGAGGAUGGCCUCGAUGACCCGAGUGCAAGCCCACAGGAGAAGCCUCUCACAGGGAUGCCCGAGAUCUCUCGGGGCCCGCAGCCUGAGGGGAGCAUGGUGCCCCUUGAUUCGGUGGCUUUUACACCCAGUCACUCUGUUUCACCCAUGACUCUGUCACAGGAACGGUUUCCGACAUGGAUUCCAACCACUACAGGUUGUGGCCACAGAACUGCAAGGGUAGUUGGUGGACAGCUUGCGGCAGAGAGGAAGUGGCCCUGGCAGGUGAGCCUGCAAGUCCGGAACACUCACGUCUGCGGUGGCUCCCUCAUCAGCAAAUGGUGGGUGAUGACUGCAGCCCACUGUGUAUUUGGCCAUUUGAAUUACGUAGUGUCGAUGGGAAUAGUUGACCUGUGGACCGAUCAGGCAGUGAAGAUUCCAGUCCAAGACAUCGUUGUUCACCGGGACUUCUCUCUUUUGGGGACAAUGGUGCAUGACAUUGCUCUUGCCUUGCUGGCCUUCCCUGUGAAUUACAGUGGCUACAUCCAGCCAGUGUGCCUCCCUCGCAGGGCUUUCAUGGUGAAAGCUGGCACCCAGUGCUGGGUGACUGGAUGGGGCAGAGUUCUUGAAGGAGGUAGCUCAUCAAGAAAACUUCGAGAGGUUGACCUAAGCAUUAUUCAUCAUGAAGAAUGUAAUCGAAUUCUCAAGAAAAGUUCAGGAAAAAUAUUGACCGUAGUUCAGGAAGGGGUAGUCUGUGGCUACAAUGAGGAGGGAGGAGACACCUGCCAGGGAGAUUCUGGGGGGCCAUUGGUGUGUGAAUUCAAUGGAUCAUGGGUGCAGGUAGGGAUCGUGAGCUGGGGCAUUGGCUGUGGUCGAGUAGGAUUUCCUGGAGUUUAUACUGAUGUGAGUUACCACAGAGACUGGAUCGUUAAAGAAUUGAGUCGAGCUUCCGGUUGGAACUCACCAGGCUUCCUCAUCUUGAGCACGUGCCUGGUGAUUUACCUGGGCAUGCUGGUGGCCCUGUGA